GCAUUCCCGCACAUCCACCAACCUCUCUGCUCUGUAACCACUGUAGCGCGCGUGCGCGCGCCACACACACACACACACACACGCACACACCCCAACACAUUCACACUGCUGCCGCCGUCAGCAGCCCGUCGCCCUGACACGUUAACGGCCCGUGUGCGCAUACACAGUACGAGUGCACAAUCCGAGCCGUGACCACAGGCGGGAGCGACGUAACUUUCCCCGAGAGAAGUGGCGAAAAACCAGCUCCGGUGUGACCAGUCCGCCACCUAGCUGCGGAGACGCGCCGUCGGAGGAGAGCCGUCGACUGUACAAUUAUGAAAACACCCGCGCCAAUGUUGUUGCACAGGCGGCUCCGCGCUCGGAUGGGACCGAAACUCGCCGUCCGGAGGUGCCUUAACCUCCGCCGGCCUUAGUUAUGCAACCGGAGCAACAAUCUAAUGCACCAGGAGCCGCGGAUUGCUGUCGGUGCGAAGGAGGAGAAGAGGGCAGCGGGACAGCAACACCUUCCCCUCCUUCCUAAACGCAGUUUGGCUCCGGGACGCGCUCUCGGUUCGAGCCUUAAAGAGAAAAGCGGGACCGAGGCUGGAUGAAGACACCCAACUGCGCUUGCUGUUGUAGGAUAUUUCUGUUCUUUUUACCUAGACUUGCUUUCAACCCAUUGCCCUUGACCCCAGUAACCCCAAGAGGUACAUUUGUAAGUGUUAUACUGGGCACCUCACAGCAUCCUGCUUCUGCCCCCUGAGGUCUCUGAUGGACCAGAGAGUGAAGGGGGGAAUCCCUCCAACCACAAACUCCCCUCUGGACCCCACCUCUGCACCUGAGGACUCUGGACAGGACCAAGUGGCAGAGAAAAAGAGAAGAGGUGAGGGGGAAAACGGAGAGGUAGGCAAAAAGGAGGAUGAGAAAAAAGGAGCAGGAAGGAAGAGAGAGGGAGACAAGGGGGCAGUGCUGGAGUUGCUCAUUGAGGGGCGCUGUGGAAGCGCAGGGCAGCAACAACUUCAGAUCUCUGGCAGGGAGACCAGCUGCCCCGAGGGGAAUGUACGAGUCCGGAUUGGACUCCAGGCCAAACGCACCAAGAAGCCGCCCAAGAUCUUGGAGAGCUACGUUUGCAAGCCCACCAUUAGGACCUAUCAGAGACAGGGCAGGGGGGGGCUUCUGAGGGGGGAUGGUGAAGGAGGAGUGGGGCAACAGAGCAAAACCAGCUCUACCCCAGAUGAGAACACCAGAGAGCAACGCUCAAGCUUGGAUGCUGUCCAGACCACAUCCAAACAAACUGCAUCUGCUGCUUCAACACAACUUGCAUCACCAUUAUUGUCGUCGUCGUCGUCAUCAUCAUCUUCGUCAUCACAGCCACUGUCUUCAUCAUCAACAUUUGCUACAGCUUCCAACCCAGCCUCAGUCCAGGCCAGGCCAGGUCAGGCCAGCCAAGUGACGAAGUCUGCAAAACAGGUUCCUAUUAAACUGGCCGAUAAGACAGAGGUGAAUUCAAAUGGCUCAUCUGAGAGAGUGAAGAAAGAGAAGCUUCCUAGUGUCAAUGGCCAGCCAGUUCCUGCAGGACAUAAACCCUGCUCACCCACAGCAGACCAGACAGCUUCAACUACACCUUCCACUCCAUGCAUCCAGGCACCCUCUGCUUUGGAGACCAGGAAUGAAGCAAACACCACCAAGAAACAAAAUGGUUUGGUACAGACAGCGAGGCAGAAGGGACUAUCAAAUGGGAAAUGCUGUGCCGCCAUUCUUGGUACUCCCUCUUCCUCGAAAAUCAAAGUUGGAAAACACUGCAGUUCUUCCUCCAUAUCUUCCGCGACAAGAUCUUCAGUGUCCACCAGCUCCCAUAAAGAACUGUCCAGUAAGAGCAGCCCAGACUCGCCUUCCUCUCCCUCGGUCACCCCUAAACCACAGUCCUCCCCCACUGUGGAGCUCUCGUCUGCCCAAUCCCAAGAUCAGAAUCCCUCUCCACAGACCUCACUAGAGAAAAAGAGAGAGAAAGAGAGGAAAGCAAAGAAGGAAAAACGGAAAGACAAAAAAUCAAAGCGAGAAAGGCUGGAAGCUGAAAGAGAGAAGAGUGAGAGCAGAAAGGAGGAGGGGAAGAAGAAGAAAAAGGAGAAAGGAAAAGGUGGAAAAUCAAGACAUGGUAAAGAAAGAGUUGAAAUACAUAAGACUGAUGAUUUGUGGAGCGAUGAACUUAAGACUGAAAGAGGAAAGACUGAGAAAAAGAGGGAUAAACUUAGUCCGGACAGACACAGAAAAGAAGACAAUAAUCCAAAAUGUGGGGAAACAGUUGAUAGUGGUAAACCAGAUAAAGCCUGUAAAGAACUGAAUCCAGGCAGAUCCGAAGAGAAAGACAAGACAGAUGACAGUUGCAAGCCAGUUAAACAAGCUGAGCCAACAACAACAACAACAAUAACAACAACAACAACAACAACAGGUGACACUAAUAAAUCAAAAGAACAAGAUGUCUCAAGACAUUCAGCUGUGCCUCUAAGCCACCCCUCUUCUUCUGCUCCUCCCUCUCUUCCCACUCCUUCUACCCGUCCCCCUGUUUCUCCCCCUUCUUUCCCGCAAGAGCAAGACAGCCGGCCACUUAAGAAACGUAAAGCAAGACGGCCCAGCUGGACCAAGCUGGUGCACAGGGCUCAGAGGGCAGAAAAUUAUGAAGCCCCCUCAGAUUCCCUACAUAAUCCUUUACUAAGUUUCCCCCAGAACCCCAAGACAUCCCUUCCUGCCAAGGCCACUUUUCAGCAGACGGUUCACUCACAACCAACAUCUAUCUUCUUAAACAGCAACUCCUCCCCUCUCUCUUCUGCAAACAAACCUCUGUCCCCAAAGCACCCCACAUCAGACCCAAGCCCCCUUGCAUCCAGAUGCACGAUAACUCCUGCCCGGAAAAGGGGCCGCCCAAAAUGCCACAGCUCUAGUUUAGAGGAGCCUCCCCCUGGACUUUCAACGAAAGCUAUCCCGGCUGAGGAGCCUCUUCUGGGGUGUAACGGAGUUCAGAAAGCCCCUGUGCUGGUGCCAAGUCCAAUGCUGCAGUGUGCUGCUCAGUCUAAAUCCAGCCCCAAGAAGCGUGGCCGUCCUCCCAAACGGCCCCUCCCCGUGGAACAGAGGGGAGAUUCACUGAAUCCCACUGAUGAUACAGACAGGAGUAAAGAUUUCCAUUCUCCUGAAAAGGGGAACAGGAAGCUAAAGAUCAGGAGGCUUAUUAAUGAGAUGAAGAAAAGAAAGAAGAGGAGACUUCACAAGGUAAUGCUGUCUGGGUAUGAAGGAAUGGAGGACGGCGGAGGUAAGGCACCAGAUGGAGAGACCACUCUGAGAAUGUGUAAAUCGAUAGAGGCAACAACAGUACACACACUCUCUGCCCUGUCCUCCUCCUUUGGGAGCAAGCUGGGCCCUCAGAUCAAUGUGAGCAAGAGGGGGACUAUUUACAUGGGCAAGAGGCGAGGGCGCAAGCCUAAAGUCCAAACAGCUAACUUAAAUUCCACCUCCCAGAUCUCUGCUCACUCGUCUCUGUUCACCAAUCCCUCUGAAACAUCUCUCUUCUCAUCUAACCAACCCCAAGCUCCCUCUUCUCACCCCUUUCCCUCCCCAUCCCUUACCCACUCCAGUGGGGCUCAAAGUCCUUACAGCGAAGGCAGCCUCACAGAACCAACAUCUUCCCUACUUUUUCCUCACCCCUUCACCCUACCGUCCCCAUCAUCAUCCUGUACUUCCCCACGACCCCCCUCCUCCUCCUCCCUCUCUCCCUUUGUGAAGAAGAGUUGUCCAUGUCAGGGAAGACAUCACUUCCCAUUUCACCAGUCAACAUGUAAGCUCUCCUGUCCCACCCCUCCACUGCAUCACACACCUGGCUCCCCUGGCCGACUCAAAGAGGCCACCCCCUCCCCCAGGAGCGAAUCACACAGCGAAGAGACUCUACCUAGUGAUAGUGGAAUUGGAACCGAUAACAACAGUGUUUCUGAGCGAGGGGAGUUGAAGGGAGCUCGAGGCAUUCUCAGGUUGGGCCAGGGGUCAGGAGUGAUGCUUGGGGGUCAAAGACACGCUUCAUCUUUUGUGGAUCAUCCCUCUCCUGUCUCCUCACCCCCGUCUCAUAUCCCCAGACACACAAACCCAAUCAGCGACUCAAGUAACGCGGAUCGGCAUCGAGAAAGACACCGGCACAGGCGGAGGGAUUACGAUUGCUCCUCUUCCUGUACUUGCCUGUGCCCCUGCCCCUGCCAAGGACACAGUAAGUGUACUCAUUCAGACUAUUAUCCUUGCCUUGGGCACAAUGCACUGAAGAGACAGAAAAAUAAACAUAAGAAGAAGCACCAGCAGCUGCACAUGCAGGAUCCAGAGUUUCUGGCUGAACUCGAAGAUCUGAUCAGUCAGUUCAGUGAGGUCCAUAUCGGAAGACGAAGUUGGGUGAGGACAGGACUGGUACAGGGCUUCGAUGGGGGUGGGACUGCUGCUGGAGGAAGGCGCCAUCACCCUUCCUCUCAUUCUCUCAGAUCUAACAUCUUCAGGAUCAAUCUGAAUGGUUUCUACUCGCCUCACCCUUCGUCUUACCCUGCAAAUCCCUCCUUCUCCCCGCAGCCUUUUUACCCCUGUCAGCCAGUGCAUUGCAACAGGAAGCCGGACCGCAGGCAGUGUGGCUGCCCCUCAAAGUUCCAAGAGACCAUUGAAAAUAUGGGCUUUUACAGCAGCUAUCCCGCAGCCACAACACUUUACCACCACCUCCCUAGUUCCUAUCCACUUCCGUCUCCUCACCAGUAUACCCCCCAUCAGCCCCACCAUGCCCACUUUCUCCUCAAUCCAGCCAGAUUCCACAGACGCAGGAGCAGGUUGCUGAGAGAGGGAGCUUUAGGAGGAGAGGUUGAGGGAGAUGUAGGAGGAGGCAGUGGAGGAGGCCCACAUCUCAGCUCAGGGUUCACAUCCAGCCUUUCCUGUGGCUGUGGGAGGAGCGAACACAAACAUAAACAUAAACACCGGCACCGGCACUGCGAGCAAGAUAUGGAUGAGGAUGAGGACUUACAUGGAGAUGAGGUGGAACACAGCAUGGAGAGAGAGGGAUUGGCCAAUCCCAAAUCCAGGUCUGGGUUCAUUUUGGGGCAAGGAGAUGGAGUAAGGAAAGGGUCAAGAGAAAUGGGGAGCAUGCUAUCCAAAGACUCACCUUGGUUAUGUGAGAAUGGAAAUGAUUCCUUUUCCUCUGCUGCUGCUGCCACACCAUCAUCAUCCUCAGCAGAGAGGUACAAACAUAUGUCUCUCACCUCACUGGGGCUGGGCUCCUCUCACCUGUCUUCAUUUGGAGGAGGCUGGGGCGGCCUGGGCCAGAGCUGGAUGAAAUUCGGCAGCCUUGGAGGGCCAGGAUUUGGAAACUCAAACCCCAGCUGGAGAGGCUUCACCGGGGAGCAACAUGGAGCCAGACUGAUUGCAUCAGACGGAGAGGACGAAGAUGGUGAAGAUCUUCAAGAAUCAAACCUGUACAGGACAUCGCCAUCCCCAACACACACCAACCUGUUCACAUCUGCUGCUGUGACAACAGGAGGGAGGGGCCCAAAGAGUGGAUUGGCCAGCAGGAAUUCAGGAAGUGAUGACAGGUCAUGGAGGAGAGACGAGCCAGCAUGGAGAGAGAGGAGAGAUGCAGGUUUACAAGGUGACCCAAGAAGCCGGGGGCAGCAGAAAAGUGUGCCAACAUCAGACAGUAUGGCGGUGAAAAACAAAAGAAGGCCAGGCCGGCCCAGGAAGCACCCACUGCCCUUUACGGUACCCUCCCCCACUCACUUAUCUGCACCGCCCUCCAUGUCAUCACUCGAUCUCUUACCAGGACACAACCGGGAUGGACGAGAAGUGGGAGGGCGAAAAGACGAAAGACUGUCAGGUAGAGAUCAAGGGGGCAACACGAUGCAGCGUGUGACAGAGGUGGAGCUGCAGGCCAGGAAGAAGAGAGGGCGGAAGAGAAAACAUGGUGACUCUCCCUGUCAUCAGAGUGUCGCUGUGGAUAAACCCGAGUGCGACACCCUCCCCGAAUGUUUUGAACAGUCGGAAGUAAUCCAGGCUCCGUCCCAACCAGAAACCGUCCAAAGAGAGGCGAGAGCUGAUGAUCCUCCCAAGAAGAAGUUUCUGACGGCAGGCCUUUACUCAGACGACUACAAAACUACAGACCCCCCCUCUCAAGCCCAGCAGAUUUGCAGAGAGAGAUUAGAGUACACACCCGGGGAGCACGAGUACACACUUUUACCAGCUCCCAUACAUGUUGGGAAGUACCUGAGGAUGAAGCGGAUUCAUUUCCAGCUACCCUACGAUGUUAUGUGGCUGUGGCAGCACAACCAGCUUAACAGGCAGCCUGCUGUCCCACUGAAGAGGAAGCGGCGUUACUGCCGGCUGAAGGAGAGGACUCUAUCCUCUCACCAGACAGCAGAGGAGAGCUCUAGUGACAUUACCAGCCUGUUCCCUCACCUCGACAUGGAGCCUUUGACCGGCAGUGAGAGGAGCUUUGUGGUGAAACACCACGUGUUCCUCGUGAGGAACUGGGAGCUCGUGAGAGAGAGACAGAUACGACUGAGGAUAGAGAGGGAGCGGGAGCGGGAGAGGGAGCGAGACGCAGAGGGGGAGGAGGGGGACUCACGGCGUCUGUCCUGUGACGGAGCCAAUGGGGACGACAGCCACAUCAAGUCAGAUCAGCCAGUGGGGAUGGAGGUGACAGUUAUCAGCAGUGACCCCCUCCAUCAGAGUCAGGACACCUCCAGCUUGCACACUGCCUGCCCCUUACCCAGUAAAACACAGGACAGACAAGAGGAGGAGGGACCUAAGGAAAACCGAGGGGAAGAAGAGGUCUGCAGCAGAGAACAGAGGCAGAGACGGCUCAAUGAUUUACUCUUGACCCUGCAGCAAUCAUAAGCUAACAGAGGGAGGUGGGACCAACUCUGAAAAAGGGACCUGGCCCACCACUGGACAGUUGGACACAAACUGAUGUCACAACACUGCUAUUAACUGUAGCAGUGCCACGGAGAACAGAAGCAAGAAAAGGGAGAAGAUUAUCAAGGCUAAAGAUACAAGAAAGACAUCUCACACACGAACAGAUGAGUGUGAUGAACCUAGCGCUCCAAAGGGCAUCACACCGAGGAUGAAAUCAUGGCAACGCAUCUUUUGUCCAAGCGGCAAGGGAUGAGAGAAACGGAGAUAGACUGUCCCGGAUGAAAGAGAGAAACAGACCAGCUGAAAUGAAUUUGCACUAGUGCUGAAUGAACAAGCACACUAAAGACUGUAUGUAUGUUGAGUGGACACACUAUAAAUGCACACACACAUGCAUUUUGAUUGCUCUUACUUCAGCACCUUAAAGCAAACUGGGAAAGACAGACAUUGCUCAGAGAUGUAGCCCGGGGCCCAUACGUUGGUCAAAAUUGAACCCUCGUUUGCUUGUUGGGCUUUCAAAGUCACAUUGCACCUUCGGGAAACGACACGAGGAGAAGUGAGCCAGUUCAAAUCUGUUGAGACAGUGUUAGCGGUUUUCUUCACUUUACCAAGACAGUUUCUGCUAUGUACCAGUGAAUAGGCAGGGGAGGGGGUGGGCUUAGUGAUAGGAAUUUUGGCAUCGCUGCAAGAGAAUUUCUAAUGAGGUUUUAAGAAAGAAGUUAUUUUUGAAAAAAGGCAGCUUGAGCACUGUCUGCUUAAAGAAAUGGACAAAAUAUAUUCACGAUAGGAAUGUUUAUUGUAUUUUUCAGUAUUGCUUCCUGGGGAGAGGGGUUAAAAAAAAGUGUUUCUGUUUACUUCAGACUGCCUUUGAGAAUGUUUAGCUCUUUGCUUCAGAGCAUUGACAAUCAGAAUGUCCUCGGGGGGAGAGAGAAGAGAGGAAAGGGAAUGAAAACGGAUUCGCCCCAAAUGCUCUGUAGUGCCAUGUUGUCUUGUGUACGUACCUAAGCGAACUCAUGCAGUCUUUAAAAGCAAUAUCUCUUCUGAUAAGAACUAUAUAAGGACUUCCUUUGUUUCGUUUUUGAUUUUUCUAUUAAGUUGUGAAUAUUUGAGGAGCUGAGGUAAUUUUUCUGUACAGAUGCGUAGUAGAUUGUUCUCAUCUUAGAAGCACUGGGCUGAUGCAUUUAGUGGAAGUAACCAUAAGCGUUUAGGUUCAUGUGAAUGUACAUAGAGAGAGAGAGAGACCUGUUUUCCUUCAACAGUAGCGUGUAAAAUGAGUAUUAUACAUGACAAUACUAUCGGAAGUAUACAUAAAGGUUAUAAUCAAAUCUCUCAUUUACUAAGAUGUUUUUAACCAGAUAUACAGCUGACCAAUAUAUCAGACAUUUCUCCUUAAAAUUGACUAUGAUUGUAUAUGAUUUUUUUUGUAGAAUUACAUGAUUUGUCUCUUUUUUAGCCGAGUGUGCUCUUGUUUUUAAUUGGUCAGACAAUCAGUGAAUUCGUCUUUUCCAGUGUUAAACCUUUGCUCUCUUUCAGUAGUGUGGCUUCUAAUAACAAGCCAAGAAAGUGCAAUUUCUUUGACUGUUUACAUACUGUAUGUAUAUUUUUCCUCUUUCCUUUUUUUAACUAAGAGCACUACAUUAUUGCCAGUGGAUGAUUAACUUUAUAGCAAAGGUACACAUUAAGAGUUAUUUAUCUAGUUUGCAUGAAAUGUAACCUUUGCCUGUUGCCUCUGAUGAUGUGCAUCUGAAAACAAAACAUCAAAAACAGUUAUAACUCAAUGCCAUAGAAUGUCAGUUCAGCUGUUUUGCAUCUAUAUCCAUAAUAAUAAAAGCAUUUUAUGUCUA